CUGGCAUGGCAUCGGAAGUGUUCAGGCUUUUUGCUUGCCUGUGUGGUAGCUAAUAGCUGUGCUGAUGCAACAGAGACCGGUUCAUAUAUGCAUCAAUUACUUUCUCUGCUAGUAGGAUCGGGUGGUGCCGGUAGUGUUAUCAGCAUUUUAGUUUUAUGUGGGGGUGUUUUGGAUAACGAUACUCGACCUUUGUCAGUAUGGAUCAAUGUAUUUCCAUAGAAUUAAUAAUAUAGCCAGUGCUCAUAAUAUUGCAUGGCUUUAAAAAAACCCAAUCCGUUUACCGGUAUUUACCCUACUCACGUUUCUUUUUUUUUCAAUUCUAUAUUAAUAUUAAUAUUUCAAUUCAAUAUUAACACACACGUUCCACGGCGAGGAGGAUUUCCUGUUUCGUUAGACAGAAGACAUAGUGGUAUUACCAUUUAAGCUGCAUCAUGUUUGCCUGCGAUUUACAGGAGCAUCAGCAGCAUGGUUGCACACCUGACGAAAACUGCACGGCUACACCAGAGGGGAAGAAUGUAAUCGCUCCAAAUGGAAACCAGUAUAUCAACAUGACUCCUGGACUAGUGCAGGUCGCUUUUGAAGAUUUGAUAUCCCCCGACGAGGAACAAACCAUGCUGCCUGGGCAACCGAAACCGCUUGAAACCAAACUUUACAUGCGAAGAUUUGCAGUUUUGAUAGUCUUUAGCCUUUAUUCACUAGUCAACGCCUUCCAAUGGAUCCAAUACAGCAUCAUCACCAAUAUCUUCAUGGACUACUACAGUGUGACAAGCGACAAAAUCGACUGUCUGUCAGUUGUCUACAUGAUCGUCUAUGUGCCUCUGAUAUUCCCCGCAACCUGGUUGCUGGAUAAAAAGGGACUUAAGAUCACUGCCCUCUUGGGCGCAGGUUUGAAUUGCAUUGGGGCUUGGGUAAAAUGUGCCAGUGUGAGACCCGACCUGUUUGGGGUGACGGUAUUUGCACAAACUGUAUGUUCAGUGGCCCAGGUGUUCAUUUUGGGUCUACCUUCAAGAAUUGCAUCGGUGUGGUUUGGGCCCAAGGAAGUGUCAACUGCCUGUGCCACAGCAGUUUUGGGAAAUCAGCUUGGUACAGCAAUUGGUUUCCUGCUGCCUCCAGUUCUGAUACCCUACACCAAGAACAAUAUAGAUCUAAUUGGGAGCAACAUCAGCAUCAUGUUCUACGGUACAGCAGCGGUGUCUACUCUGCUAUUAGUUUUAACAGUCAUUGUAUUUAAGGAAAAGCCUCCACUCCCGCCAAGCCAGGCUCAGGCUGUGCUGCCAGAGAGCUCUCCUGAAGAUUACUCCUACAAGCAAUCAAUAAUCAACCUCUUCAAGAACUUUUCCUUCCUGCUUCUGCUAGUCAGUUAUGGUAUAUUGACUGGGUCGUUUUACUCUGUGUCAACACUGCUGAAUCAGAUGAUCAUAGAGCACUAUAAGGGUGAAGAGGUAAAUGCGGGACGUAUUGGACUUACUCUAGUGGUUGCUGGGAUAGUGGGCUCUAUUAUCUGUGGCCUCUGGCUUGAUUACACUAAAACAUACAAACAGACCACCUUGAUUGUUUACCUCCUGUCCUUUAUUGGAAUGAUUAUUUUCACCUUUACACUCAAUCUUGGCAACCUCAAUAUUGUAUUUUUUACAGCAGGAAUACUUGGUUUCUUUAUGACAGGAUACCUGCCACUGGGAUUCGAAUUUGGAGUUGAAAUUACAUAUCCUGAGUCAGAAGGAACAUCUUGUGGUCUCCUGAACGCUUCUGGACAGGUAUUUGGAAUUAUUUUCACCUUAAUUCAAGGGAAACUAACAACAGAUUAUAACCCCCGUGCCGGAAAUAUUUUCCUCUGUGCCUGCAUCUUUGUAGGAGUCAUUUUAACAGCUUUAAUCAAAUCGGAGUUGAAAAGACACAAUGUUAAUAUGGGGAUUACAAACAAAGCUGUACAAGCAGUUCCUGUUGAGAGCCCGUCUGAGCCACCCACCAAUGGCAUCCUCUUAAAAUCAGCACUGGAGGUCUCCCGUGAAACGUCAAUAUAAACCUGAGGAGAGACAGAGAAAGAGAGUGUUGAACUGGAAAUGCACAACAUUUUGCUACAGAUCCAGACCUGUGACAGGAGACUGUCACUAAAUUUGUUUUGUUUUUUUAUUUAUUUACUUGUUCAUGUAUUUUUACAGCAUGAAUUUUUAAUUUUUUUAACGGAUAUCAUUUUGAAAUCUAUCUUCAUUCAUUCAAAUCUGACAUCAGAAUGACUGGCCGAAUAGCUCUGAUCCAAAUGACACUGUGUCGCUGAGCAGAUACAGACCUUGGUAUAGGGAUUUCCAAGAAUUAAGAUGCUUCAUUUAGGUUUGUACUUUUGUACAUACAUUGUACUUGUUACAUAAACGAUAAACUACCCACUUGUCCAGCCAUCCUCGUGAACAUGGAAAGUUCAUAAAGGAACAUAUUGAGGAGCGGCUAUUAUAUUUAGGAAUGAAGAAUUUCUUGCUGUCUUUUCACUGUGAUUUGUUUGCUGAGCUUAGUUCAUGAUUACCCAGUUAAGCUUCCUAUUCUCUUUGGUUCCCUUUCAAGUACAAAAUGUAACCCUUCCCUAAUGGGGAUAUAGAUCUUAUAGCGUGAAUUACCUGAGCACUUAAAUCAAAGCUGCUCCUUUUGAUUGAAUCAUAACUACAGCUAAGUUGAUUAUUUUCAGUUUUUCUUUCAGAAACCCAAUGUGCACGUGUUUGCUUUGCUCCACUUACAACGAAGGUUACUAGAUUUGUUUCUAGUUAGCAGGCAACUGCAGCCCCUGUCUGUUUUACAGUGCAUGCUUGCAGUUUGCCAGUGGCUUUUUCAGGUCUUUACCUGCAUGCCACUUGUCAUGGUACCAGCCCGGUACCAGUGACUCGCUGUCGGUACCAGAGCUAAAAGCUUUCUAUCUUGUCGUGAGACCUGAUUUAUAUAAAUAUGAUCGCCGCUCUGUAGGACGACAGGAUCUAGAGGCUAACUGUCUCCUUGGAGCUUUUCACCCCAAUGCAGCGGUGAUGGUAAUGAUCUUCCAGAGAUUCUGGGCCUGCAUCUGCAGUUCACCCGUUAGGGCUCCUACACAUGCACCCUCUACAAGCCUGAUUCAACCACAGGGUCCUUCACCCUGUCUUGGACCGGCACCGCCUACUCACAGUGUCCUAUGUCACUGUUUGAAAGCUCUCUCCUGGUGGAAACAACUAGCUCAUCUGUGCUUGGGCAGAGCUCUGUGCAGUGUCACGAGGAGAGAGGUGGUAACCACAGACGCUUCCAUCCCAGGUUGUGGCGCUGUCUGGAACAGCCAGGGGGUGCAGGCAUAUGGAAGCCCUCAUGGGAGGGCCUCUACUAAGUGCUUUGGUGCUGCAGGCAGUUCAUCUGGCCCUGCACGAAUAUUCCAGGGAGAUACAAAGGAAAUGCGUGUUGAUCAGCGGACAACACCACAUUGGUGGCUCAUCAACCACCAUGGCGGUCUCCGGUAUCCGUGUCUCAAUCGUGUUGCCCAGAAGCUUUUGCUAUGUGCUCACGAACACCUGUUUUCAGUAAGAACAGUUCACCUGCCAGGGGUGAGGAACUGGGCAGCGGAGCUUCUCUCGAGAGGUAGCUCCCCACAGUUCGGUUGUGAACCUCAUCUUGGGGUAUUUUUAAUGGAGAGUGGUCACGCUCUGAGCAUAGACGUACUGGCCCACAGAUGGCCCAAGACUCUGCUCUAUGUUGCCACUGCUUACACUGUGUUUGGAAAAGAUCAGACAAUACCAGGCUCGGGUGCUCUUAGUAGCCCAGCAUGACCAGGUUCUUGGUACAGGCACAGCUCCUGUAUGGUCAGCCAUGGGAAUUGCCGGCCCGUCGUGACCUGCUGAGUCAGACACGGGGCACUGUGGUAUCCAGAUCCAACAGUUCUGCAGCUCUAGGUCUGGCCCCUGAGUGCAGACAUUUGAGUCACCUCGGGUUAUCCGAUAGGGUAAUUCUCACCCUUAAGAAUACCAGGGCAGCGUCUACAUACUGCCAGUACGGCUACAAAUGGGGUGUCUUCUAGAGGUGGUGUAAGUCGCGUGCACUGAAUGCCUACCUGGCAGCUAUUUCGGCUUGCCAUAUUUAAAGAGCACAAUUGACAGUCUUCCCAGGAGCACACUGUUGAAAGGUACUCAGAGGUUAAGACCCCCUAGGAAGGACCUUGUCCCUCUCUGGCAGCUCAAUGUAGUGCUGGACACACUUACAAGACCGCCAUUCAAGCCCCUUCAUUCAGGAGAGGUGAAAUUCCUGUCCUUAGAGACGGCUUUACUGCUUACUAUUACCUCCACUAAGCUGGUAGAAAGGUCACUGGUCAGCCUUGCAACCUCCUGGGCGUUAUUCCAGGGCGCAUCUGUCACAGAUAUUUGCAACGCUGCAGUAUGGGCGGCUACUCAUACGUUUACCAGGUUCUACCAACUGAGUAUCGUAGAUCAGUAGAACCCUGGUUUUGGGACCAGAGUGUUAAGAGCAGCCACUCAUUCUGCUUUUUAACACAUUUUUAUUAUGUUCCACUUUAAGUCCUGGGGUAGUUAGCCAUACACCCUUUUUGGACUUUUGUUGUUAAAUGCUAAGGUUACUCAGCAUAACCUUGUAGCAUAUACACUGCAUGAGGGUUCUCCCUCACUGUACUGUGGACUAUAUGCCACGGACCCUUAUCCCUCCUCUGCUGGUGCUAAAAGUCUUUCACUUGCGACGGCUUGGGUAUUGUAUCCCAUUAGGUGAUGGUUACAUUUCGUACUUGAAAGAGAACGUUAGGUUUUUAUAAUAACCCUGGUUUCCUGAAAUAGAAAUGUAACCAUUACCCUUCAAGGUCGCUGCUUUCUCUCCAACGCAGCAGGCCUGAAGAGAAAAUGGUGCUGAUCCUUAUGCGUCACUCGUAUUUUUCUCCUGGGGGCGGAGACGACGUCUGACGCAUACAGGGCUCUUAAAGGAGCAGCUUUGAUUUAAGUGCUCAGGUAAUUUGGGCUAUAAGAGAUAUAGCCCCAUUAGGUAACAGUUACAUUUCUAUUUCUUGGAACGUUAUCCCCUGUAUAGUGAUAUAACGGAGGCACCUGAGCAUACAGUGAAAACCACUUAAUAGAAUCAGUGGCUAUUGUAAUCAAAAACUGCAUUCCCAUUUCUGUUCAACCAUUAUAAAACCUUCAACCUUAUUGAAUCAACAGGUUUAUGUGAAAAAAUGAAGAUAUACAAACAUGAGCACAUUAACUGUACAGUUAUUACAAUACGCGCUUGAUUCAGGUAACCAGUAACAGUAUUCUGUGUUUUUCACUGUAUCUAGAGAACCUUUUACCCAACUGUGAGGAAACUUGGUGCAGACCUUCAUUGAAAGAUCUAAAAGCAAACUCAGAACUGAUUUCCACUUCCAGUAUCUAAUAGCUCCUUCCAAACUGGUUUAAAGCACUUUACAGAGGGAGUAUCAUGUGCAACACAUAGCAUGCAAUGGAAGCUACAAGUCACCUGUUCACCCAGUCAAUCAAAUAAUGUGUAUUAAAAUUAGACUGGAACUUUUACCAGAUGAUUUUCCUUUGACUGGUAACAGCUACCAUUGAUAUACUACAGUAUCUGACUUUCCUUUUGCUGAUAUGAUGUGCUGAAAAUAGUGGCUGCUCCUUAUCUGAUGUUCCCCUUACAUUCACACAUAGAGAUGAAAUGUUUUGAAACACUGGUCUAAUCUAUUAUACUACAACUAAGACUACUUUUGCUUUGUGUAAAAUGGCACUUGUUUGUGUGAUUUUAUCAAUGGGUCAUUAAGUCAUAUUGUAUUGGUAACUGAUUUCACAGAGUGCCUGUGACAAGAACAUAUUGAGUUGAAAGAUGUCAUCACUUACUUUACACAGAUACAUUUACAUAGUAAUGUUGCAAUUUUCCCCUGCUUUUCCCAUGUUUAUACUAUGCAUUUACCAACGUUUUCUAUGGCUUGCCAUGUUUUUUAAUAUGCUUUACCAUACCUCUCUGGGAUUUACAAUGCUUACCUGUGCUUUACCAUGCUGUCACUGUGCUUCAUUACACUUUGCUAUACUUUUAAUGUGGUAAACUUUCAUAAGGGUUGACCCAUGCUGAGUCCCCUCUUGAUACCAAGGGCAAAUUAUUCAACCAGCAGGGUUUUAUUCAUGAAGCAGUAUUUCUGAUCAUUCUUUCUUGUGGAUGAAAAAUUAAGUUGACUUUACACAAUGUGUGUGUUGGGUGUACACAGGGAUUGGACAAAACAAUUUGAACAUCUGCCAUAACACUAUCGAUUGGCUGUAAUUCCACCAUAGGUAACCAGGACGUCAUUGAUUCAACUGUUCGUCAUUCAACUGUUCGUUGUUUCAUAAAGAUCAGUGAAAACUCAAUCGUCUAUUGAGUUUUCACUGAUCUUUAUGAAACAUAAGUAACCUGCCAAGCAACAAAGCAUCUUCUAUCAUUGUGAUCAAAAGGGACUUGUAACAUGGAGAUGCAGCUUUUAUAUAUUACAGAUAUGCAUCACAAAUGGACCAAUCACAUAAAAAUAAAAAAUAAAAUAAAAAAGUUUUUUGUUUCUUUGUUGGAUAAUAAGCUCUGAAAUUUAAACUUAUUUAACCAGAGGGGCAUAAGUGACAUUUUCAUAAUUUUACAGGGGAGCAAAAAUAAGAUUUUGAUUAUUUCUUAGCAGACACCCUUAUCCAAGGCAACUAACAAUUGUUAAAUCAAUAUAAUUUUGAAGAAAAUUAAAGAAAUAUUUUUUAAUAUAAAUUAUACUUAAAAAAUACUUGUGAACAUGGAAAGUUCAUACAGGAACAUAUUGAGGAGCGGCUAUUAUAUUUAGGAAUGAAGAAAUACUACUGUAAAAUAUAGUUGACAAGAUGUUCUACAAUUGACAUGGUCUGGUUCUUAUUCUGUAGUGAAUUCAUUGCUUGAAUCCUCAAUUUAAUUGAGUAAAAUAUCCACAAAAGUUAGAUAUUGUUUUACCCAAAGCUUUAUUUUACAGCUUUUUUCAGCCAGUUUGACUCAUCUGCUGUCACUCAGCCAUCCCACAAUGCAACACUCCGUGCCAGGAGGGCGUAAGUGUGCUAGUUACGUCCUCCUGGCACUAAGUUUACAUAGAUUUUGCAGUUGUGUCUUUAUUACUUUCUCACUUUAUUCAAUGCAGUUUGUGAUUUCAGUUAGGUCCUUCCAGCACUAGACAGAUCUCACCAAGAGCUUUAAUUUGAUGUAUAAUAAUAUGCCUUUUUGACAAAAAUGUCACUUACGCACCUCUGGUUCUGAGCCCUCGUUAUGAUGUUUUAGACUACUACUUGUAAAAAAUACUUUUGAUUUCUUUUGAAUACAAAAUUUAUUUUGAACACUUGUAAUUAAAUAAAAACACACGAC